UGCAACUUUGGAUGAACUUCUGAUUUGAACAAACCGAGGCGGUUGGGGAAGCGCACGGAGCGGUAGAUAAAGAGGAGCAGGAUUUCUGCUCUUCUGUUAAACAUAUCAGACAUUACAGACGCGGUUUAUUUAUUCCCGUUACUGACCAGCGAGAGCGGCGUUUUUUUCCCCCUUCUUCCCAAGGAGGCAGACAAGGUGGAAAUGAAUAAAGGUUUGCCAUCACACUUUGAGAUAUUCAAUGUGAAUUCCUGGCUGUAGUGAUAAACUGAGCUGGCUGUCUGCACCACUGUUCUGAGUCGUUACGUUCCAGUGUUUCCGUUGAGGCGGCCUGACUUCUCCCACAUAAAUCCAGAGCAGAUGGCUUUUUAAAGACUGCAGCUGUAAAAUACUGUCCACACAUUAGUUUCUUCAUACUGGAGGUUUUUUAAGAACCAGAUGUGACUCUCCCUCUGCUCUUCACUCAGUGGGCAUUAUGUUGACCCAAAUCUAACCCCCAUUCACAACCCAUCUUUACCUUUCCCUCCCACCUCCUCUCCCCACAUUCUUCCCCAUUCUUCGUCAUGACUAGUCUGAAGCGCUCUCAGACAGAACGGUCGGUUGGGGGCUCUGUGCCGGCAACCGAUGAGUUCUAUACCCGCCGCCUCCGACUGCCCAAUGGAGGAGCACCGCCACCUCGAAGCGAGAGUGCACAUAUCUCCUCCGCAUCAACCACUGGCACCAACCCUGGUGUCCCCAAAAUGGGGGUUAGAGCUCGUGUGGCCGACUGGCCCCCAAGGAAAGAUGGCGGUGGAGGCGGUGUUUGGCAUAUCACGGUGGAAACGGACUCGCCUAGCUCUACGAACACCACCAGCUCCUCAGGAUCAGGAAGUGGAGACAGAGAACGGAUCCUGGGCGGAGGAGGAAGUGGCGGAGGAGGAAGUGGAGGAUUGAGCGGGAGUGGUAGUGGAGAAAGAGGAGGGGGGAAUGUGUCAGCUGUCACAGCCCACAGCAAUCUGUCAGCGAAGUUAGGACACCUGAUAAGCCCCCAAGACUCAUCGAUGCUGCGCAACAUCCAGAAUACACUAAAGAACAAGAUGCAUAGCAAAGGAAAGGACAAUCGCUUCCUGUCACCUGAUGGUUACCUGGGUUCUCCUCGGAAAGGGAUGAGACGGAUCCGCCAGCGCAGUAACAGUGAUAUAACCAUCAGUGAGCUGGAUGGGGAGGGCAAUGAGGGCUGGUCCUUCUCUGGAUGGACGCCCAUGCACCGUGAAUACGGUAGCACUUCUUCAAUAGACAAACAUGGCGUGUCGGGAGAGAGUUUCUUUGACAUGCUGAAGGGAUACCAGUCCUCCGAGGCCCCUGAUCAGAGAAGCCCAGCUCCAGAAAGACUGUCAGAACUCCUUACUGUGGCCCCUAUAAAACAGGCCGCCCUGGAUCUGCCCGAUGGUCCAGCUCGUGGCAGUCCCGCCAGCCGACUGAAAGAGCGCGAGAAACACUUGAAGAGAAGGUCAAAGUCAGAGACGGGUGGAGAGUCUAUCUUCCGGAAGCUACGCAGCGUGAAGGUGGAGGGCGACACAUCGAGGGCCGGCUCAGAUGCUGAAGAUAGCGGGAAAGGGGAUGAAAGUGGGCCACCUCCUAAGCCGUGGGUGUGCCAAAAAGGCUUUGCCCAUUUUGACAUCCAGUCUCUACUGUUUGACCUCAAUGAGGCGAUCCAAAACCGUCAAUGUGGUUCCAAACGCAAGAACACCACAACCGGUGCCUCAGCCGCUGCUGCCGCUUCAGCCUCUGCCACUUCCUCUCUUUCCUCCAAUCAGAGUGGAACCUAUGGCUCCCCUUGUGGCUCACAGGAGGAACUGAGCAAGGAGGGGACUGGAGGAGGACACGGUACUAGCCCCGCAUUGGACCCUGGGGAUGAUAAGAGCAAUGAUUUGGUUCUCAGUUGCCCUUGUUUCAGGAAUGAGAUUGGUGGAGAGCGGGAGAGGAACAUUUCUCCUGCUAAACAGCAGGGCAGCAUUGGUAGCGGCGGGAGCUCCAGCAGUUCUUCUGGCAAUACAGAGGAAGGACCGCUGGAAGCCACUCUCACAACCCAUUUCACUAAUGCUGGAGUGGCUGUGUUGGAGGCUGCUAAAGAUGGCCCAAGUCAACAUGCUGACAGGUCCAAGAGAUAUAUUGUGGAACAUGUUGACCUUGGUGCCUAUUACUACAGAAAGUAUUUCUAUCUUAGAGAGCACUGGAACUAUCUGGGGGUGGAUGAGAACUUGGGCCCAGUGGCGGUGAGUCUGAGGAGGGAGAAGCUGGAGGAACACAAGGAGCAUGGCCAGCAGUAUAAUUACAGGGUCAUCUUCAGAACGAGCGAGCUUACCACCUUGCGCGGAUCCAUCCUUGAAGAUGCUGUGCCAUCGACAGCGAAGCACGGUCUUGCUCGUGGUCUUCCCCUCAAAGAAGUACUAGAAUAUCUUGUUCCUGAGCUCAAUGUGCACUGCCUUCGUCUGGCACUCAACACGCCUAAGGUCACUGAUCAGCUGAUGAAGCUGGAUGAGCAGGGGCUGAGUUUCCAGCGGAAGGUGGGGGUGAUGUACUGCAUGGCAGGCCAGAGCAGCGAAGAGGAAAUGUACAAUAACGAAGCAGCCGGUCCUGCGUUGGAAGAGUUCCUCCAUCUGUUGGGUGAGCGGGUUAGGCUCAAAGGUUUCAACAAGUAUCGAGCUCAGCUGGACACAAAAACCGAUUCUACAGGCACCCACUCCUUGUAUACAACUUACAAGGAUUAUGAGAUCAUGUUCCACGUGUCAACCAUGCUUCCCUACACACCCAACAAUAAGCAACAGUUGCUGCGGAAGCGGCACAUAGGGAACGACAUCGUCACAAUUGUGUUCCAGGAACCUGGAGCGCUUCCCUUCACUCCUAAAAACAUUCGCUCUCACUUCCAGCAUGUCUUUGUGAUUGUGCGCGCUCAUAACCCCUGCUCUGAAAACUCCUCCUAUAGUGUGGCAGUCACCCGUUCCAAAGACAUGCCUUCAUUCGGCCCCCCUAUCCCAGAGGGCGUGACCUUUCCAAAGUCAUCAGUCUUCCGGGAGUUCCUGCUGGCCAAAGUGAUCAAUGCCGAAAAUGCUGCUCACAAAUCACAUAAGUUUCGUGCCAUGGCCACCCGAACGCGCCAAGAGUACCUGCGGGAUCUGGCAGAGCGCCACACCACCAGCACUCCGAUUGAUCCCUCUGGAAAGUUUCCUUUCAUCUCUUUGGCUCAUAAAAAGAAAGAGAAGACCCGGCCUUACGAAGGAGCGGAGCUGCUCAGUCUCGGAGCAGUGACCUGGCCGGUUUACGCUGAGGAUCAUGGGAACGGAGGGGAAAUCGAGGCCCUGUUGGCUAUUUCCAAUGACUUCAUGAUCCUGUUGGACCAGGAGGCCAAAGCUGUGGUGUUCAACUGUGCCACUAAGGAUGUGAUUGGUUGGACUCUCAGCAGUCCUGCUUCUUUAAAGAUUUUCUAUGAGCGAGGAGAAAGUGCGUCUCUCAGGAGCAUCAGUAAUAAUACUGAGGAUUUCAAAGAAGUGGUCAAACGUCUGGAGAUUCUAACUAAGGGCUGUGAGACAUCCGAGAUGACUCUUCGGCGAAACGGUCUGGGGCAGCUUGGCUUCCACGUCAACUACGAAGGCAUUGUGGCAGAGGUGGAGCCGUACGGAUAUGCUUGGCAGGCGGGACUCCGUCAGGGCAGCCGAUUGGUCGAAAUCUGCAAAGUCGCUGUUGCCACUCUGACCCAUGAGCAGAUGAUUGACCUCCUCAGAAAUUCAGUGACAGUUCGUGUUGUCAUCAUCCCACCACAUGAUGACGCCACUCCACGCAGGGGUUGCUCCGAGCUCUACCGAGUCCCGGUGUCUGAAUACAAAGGCAGCAGCACAGACAGCGGCUCCUUUGAGUACAAGUUCCCAUUCCGAAGCAAUAACAACAAGUGGCAGAGGACGUCCAGCAGCCCUCAGCAGUCCCUGACCGCUUCACCGCAGCCCCACACCCCCAACCGAGCCAUUAGUCUGGGCAGCUCGGUGGGGAAGACCCUGUCUGCUGAGAGGCUGGAGAGAGGUGCUGCCAUUCCACGCAGCGUUAGCAGUGACGGACGACCUCUGGACUCCAAGAGGAUGUCUCCUGGCAGUGAGAGCUACAGCCUGGCCUCCUCGCUGGCGUUGGGUCGUUCGCCUCACAACCGCAGCUCUCCCAGCAACCUGUCUUGUUCCAGUGAGGCCUCUGGAAGCUCUGUGCACUGGAGGCAGAAGUCCAUGCCUGAGCAGUUUGCGAGCAGCCGACAUUCACCUAUGUCGUCAGAGAGACGAGAGGCGGCUGGAGAGGGCGGAUCGAGCGGGAAAUCCACCACCAACUGGUCGAGAAUGGAGGAAGGCGGAGGUGAACGAGGGUCAACAGAGGCUCCAGCUUCCAAGUCUGGCCAGGGCUACUCUGGAGCGCCUCGCAUCCAGAGGCAGGAACAAGUCAUCCACCUCUCCCCAAAGAAGGGCAGCCAGCAGUCAGAUGGCCCGUACUCUGGCCACUCCAGCAGUAACACUCUGUCCAGCACCGCUUCCAGUGGGGGCCACAGCGAUAGCGACAAAUGGUACGACUUGGGGACCGGCGGCGGCUCCAGUGGCGACCAGGGCGAGCCUGAACCCAACGGCCUGGGUGGAGGAGGCUACCUCCAGGGAGCCUCAGCUGACAGCGGCAUCGACACCGGCUCUUACGGAGCCUCGCAUCAUUCCCAUUCCCACUCCCACCAUGGCAGCACCACCUCUCUGCUGGCCCCCAGUGGGAGCAGAGAGAGCAGGGAGCGCUCUUCAUCUCCGUGGCACAGUCCGACCGAGGGAGGACGUAGGAUGCUGGAAAGGUCGCCUGCUGCUGCCGAGUCUCCGGGGCUUCCGUCAGAAAGGAGCCAUGAGUCCGUGGGUCGAAGCCCACCAACUCAUCUCCUGGUUAGAGACAGCAGCACUUUCAGCCUGGGUGAUGGUGGAUCACAUUCAAGGCACUCUGGCCACAGCUCACCCAGGGAGGAGUCAUCGUCUUCAGCCACCUCCCCUUCGUCUCAGUCUUCAGUCUCUCCUGGGCCAAAGACCUUCUACCCCCGUCAGGGAGCCCAGUCCAAGUAUCUGAUUGGCUGGAGGAAGCCUGGCUCCACCAUCAACUCUGUGGACUUUGGAGACACACGGAAGAAAUCUCCAGGUGAAAGUGGAGAUGUGGCCCCCACCCCGGCAGCGAGACCAUCACUUAGAGACAUGCACUCCCCUCAGACUCAUGCUAAAUCUACUGUGGAGGAAGAUAUUAAGAGACACCCUGCUCAUGACACUCCACCACCACCAAGAAAACACAAGGAAAAGCAUGGCCAGAAGUCGCCUCCAAGCCAGCCGCUCAGCCGUCGCCGCUCGCUGCACCGCACCCUGUCAGAUGAGAGCAUCUAUCGUGGUCAGCGGCUCCCCUCGCUGAGCGACUCGGUCACUGAGCCGGCGCUCGCCACUGAUGUCCUCUUCAGCUGCUCCACUCUUCCUCGCUCUCCCACAACUCGCGGCGUGCCCCUCAGGCGGCCUUCCUACAAGCUAGGAGUUAAACUUCAUGGUGAUCUUUCGGCGUCUGACACAUCAUUGGUGGAUUUGGUGGAGCGUCAUCGGGGACCCCUCCCUCAGGAGCUGAUGCCCCUCCCCUCUUCAGGUAGAGACAGUCCUCUCGAGUGGACUCACCUGGUGGAUGUGGCCAGUACCUUCGAGAAUGAGAGAAACACACACUACAUCCAGAGAAGUUAUGUGUUUGGAGAUGCAAACCACCGAACCAGUGGAGCGUCCAGUCCUCAGCAACCACACAUAGAGCUGCAGCCUGCUCCUCUGUCACGACCCUCAUCAAGUGAGGGUCACAUAGGGCUGGAGAGAAAGGUGACUAAACUGGAGGCCAUGGUGAAGAUGCUACAGGAGGACCUGAAGAAGGAGCGGGAGGAGAAGUUACGUCUUCAAUCUCAGAUCAAGAGGCUCUGGGAGGACAACCAGAGACUUCAGGAGGAGUCCCAAACAUCAGCUGCCAAGCUCAAGAAGUUCACAGAGUGGGUCUUCAACACUAUCGACAUGAACUGACCUCAUCUAAAAACCCUCACACACGCACACAUCGCUCAUCUGCACACACACUGUUCGUGAAGAGGCAGAGUGGGAUUUACUAGACCCUUUUUACAAUCUUCAGUUAGUUUGUAAUCCCCUCUAAAUCAUGACUUUCUGUUUAAGUCAGGAGGAUAUAAUUUGUGGAACUCGUUUCUAUUUGUUUGACUCCCCCGAUUUUCAUUCAGUGGCCAAACAGAUCUGCUCCUCCUGUUCCUCAGUCUCAAGAUGUUGACUUUCACACUUAUUCCAGUGGCCAAAAUGGAGAAUCUGCUAACAUUUGGCCUUUUUACUCACCAAUUUUCUCAUUUUCCUACUCCCUCUUCUUCUAAAACAUUCCUCUGCUGCUCUGACAAAGAAAACACUGUUUACACCAAAUCGAAGACGCCUCAGACACCCCGUCUUAAAAGAAAACCACUGAAACACCACACAAGUAUGUACAUAACAGGUCUGCUGCUGCAGCAAGCAAAUACACACAUUAUAGAUCCGAAGCCACAACAGAGAAGAAAGAGGUUUUAAUCUCACGUUAAAGGAUUAAAUUUUAAAUAUUUUUAGCGUCUAAAAUCACUGGACGUCCAGCUUUAGACAUGUUUAUUUUCCAUUUUACUCCUCCUUCGUUCAGAUCUUUUUUGUAUACACCCACACCUGAAAGAGGAGUGUAUUAAAAGCCAUUGGCAAGCAGUGCCAUAGACCAAGACUGAUCCUGUGUUAAUUGGUCCAUCUCAGCUCUACGUGUCUUAAAAGCAAUAGGAAGAGGUCCUGGAGUUAUUUGAAAAGAAGCUGGAUAAACAGAACACCUGAUAUGGAAAAGGGCAUAUUUGCAAGAAUUAAAAUCUCAGCUGCAAAAAGAGCCUUCAGCAUUUUCCUCUGAGAAACGGGAAAAUAAGGACUCAUCCUCCCACUGCCUGAAAAUAGAGAGCCGGCGGAUUAUAAAUAACAGAGACAAUUACGAGCUGGAACGGUUGGGCUCUUUUUAAUCCCAGGUUAAUUUAUUUCCUUGUAUUAUAAUUCCCAUAAAUGAGUUGUUCUAUUCGUACAGUACAACUGACAUCAGUGUUUAGUUCUUCGAGACUAAUGGUCAAUAGUUAUAUUAUUUAAAUGGCUUUCUUUCCUAAUUCUACUUAAAGCCUGACUAUAUGCUUUUUAUUCUGUAUUAUGUUGUGUUUUGUGGUGCCCAAGCCUGCUGUUGUGUUGCUUACAGUGCCCUCUAGUGGUGACCAGUGAAAAAUGUCAUGAUUUGUAAAUGUGCUGCUUAUCACUUGUAUUUUAUUUUAUUUUUUUCCAAAUGUUCUUUGAUUCAAGGCCACAAAAACUCUUAGAACAGGAAUGAGAACGAGAAGAAUAAGCAGCCAGCAUUUAGAGACAAUCAGAGGUGGAUUUUUAUAAAAAAACAAACAAACAAAAAAAGGAGCAGACUUAGUGUGGAUGUUUGUGUGCGUGGAGGUUUAUUUGUGCAUUACAUCUACGGUUUUCCUCAGGUUUAAGGGGACAAAAUAUUGUCGGGAAGUAAAUUUGCACAUGUUGAAGAAGUAUAUAACAUUUAAGGAUUUGAAAUGUGUUGCCAUAGUGAGAAUGUCCAUAAGUCUUACCCAGCCGUGCCUACAACACACACUCGCUACUUUGUGGUCAUUUACUGCCAGGCAGAGCAGGGAUGUGCCUUUGAAACAGCACCGGGGAGCAGAUAAAGAAGGGAAAGCCUCUUGUUCUUCAUCUGGAUAAAGUAACACACUUUUCGUUUUGUUUUAAACCACCUUCACAAUUUUUGUAGUUUGCUGUUGUGAGGCGUUAAAUGUGUCUGGUGACUGAAACCAAUCAGACGGGUCAGUAACGUGAGACGGCGAGUCUUCACACAAGAGUGUUUGGAUAUGUGUGCCUUUUAUUUGUGGGAAAAUUUGAACUAAAGGAUCUUGAAAAGCAAAGUUUAGAAGCCACAAAGCCAGUUAAUAAAGAGAGAACUCAAAAGUUUACCCGUUUACCCUGAUAAAAUGGAUGAUUUUUGUGAGACGGAGAUCAUUUCCAAAAUUAUCCAUUCCAUGUAUUUCAACUAAAAAACAAAAAUAAUUAGGAUUUUCAGCCAUGCCAUGGUUGCAUUAGUGAGAAUUCCCAUAUACUAAUAAAUUGUUGAAACUGAAUUUCAGCAUUCUGUCUUUUUAGCAGGAUCAUCAUUACAAAAGUUCUCCAUCUAUCAAAGAGUGACAAAAUCUCCUGUUCACAUUCUGGGACUUAUGUGAUGCUGUGACUCUUUCUUUUUUGGGGGUCAAAACUGAGAAAUUCAACUUUUUAUGACUUAAUCUUUUUUCACCAUCUGAAGAAAAGUAACCCCACCAAUGUGUCUCACUGUUGUUUUGUGGCUCAGAAGUUCCAGUUUGGUUUUUAUCAGACUAAGACAGAUCCUCCCACAAGGUUUUAAGGGAUUGUUGCUAUUGUUGAAUGUUUUUAUAAAAAAGUUGUUUAUAUCUUGUAAUCCUGCUUUUUAGUUUAGACUUAUAAGGAAAACAGGAGAUCUUGUCACAUGGAGAACAUGACCAGCAUCUUGUCUUUUUAAUCUCCUGACCGAUAACUUUGUACACUAAAAUUCAUUAGAUUAGGGGUGUUCAAAGUGUGGUCUGUGGGCCACAUGUGGCCCUUGAAGUGUAUGUAUGGCUCCUGACCGCAAGUCAAAAAUGGUAAGAAAUUUGCCCAACAAAAUAGAAAACAAUUGAUCAUCCAAAGCAAUGGAUAGAAGCCCUAUUUGCUGAUUUAGAUCAGAAAGGGCUUCCAAUGAUAUACAGGUUUUAUAAAAAUGUAGUUUAUUGUAAAACUAUAAUAAGGGAAAAAAACUGACCAACCUUUGCAUUUUUUAUUUAAAUCCUGUGUCCUGCCAGUGGGUAAAUUUUGCCACUUUUGACUCCAUCGUGUUAAACCUAUUGCAGCCUUUCAAGAAACUAUUUGAGAACAGAAAUGUUAUUCAUACGUAAUCUGAGUCUCUGUGAUCGAUGGCAGGGGUGGCCUCAAGAAGACUGAAUGCUGAAACUAAAUAAAAUAAAGUUCAACAAAUUAUUAGUCAAAUUGUUUGCACACUUAAGCAACAAGGUAUUAGCAGUUUUUAAAAAAAAAACAAACUUCUUCCUCUUAAGGAGUUUUGAAAUGCAUCACAAGAAGCCAACAUUUUAACAGGUGUGUUUACUUUUAAGAGCUGCUGUUUUUUCCUUGCAGGUGUGUUCUGGAAACGCUUUGCUCUCUCAAAUAGUUAGUUAUCAACCCCCGUUCUUAUAAAUGCUGAGUGCAUUCAGAUUUAUAAUUGUUGAGUUGAACACCCUGCUGUGUUCGCCACAAAUUUCCGGAAACAUGAAUGUAGAGUGAAACGAGCUUAAUGUUUUAUUAUUAUAGGCAAAAUAUUCGUUCGGCUCUGUUGUUUUGCAGAGAGAAGCUCGGUUCUGUUUUAAGAAUCUGUAGUUUGUCUUUAACAGUUACACCAGUAGAUAGUUACAGUUUCAUCUGAUUUUAAUAGUUUUACAAGCAUCUAUAGAAAUCAGCCCAGAAGAUGUUAUUGAUCCACUAAGACUUGUUUUCUGUUGAAUUCAAACAAAUGUUAAGUAACUAAUUAAGUUUCUGUACAUGGGAAGAACUGUGGUUGUUCUUUCUGCAAUGAAGAAUGACAAAAUAUAUCGUGCAAAGUGUAUCUUAUACAAAAACUCUUUCUGUAAACUAGUAAAGUUUCUUUUUUUAUUCUGUAAAUGUUGUAUUAAGUUACAGUUUACUCAUAAAUUCUCUUGUUUUGUUUCGCUCAACAGGACGGAUAUUUGAAAUGUGAAUGUAAAGAUGUUUAUUAGGUUCAUUUUGUUUUGGAGAUCCUUUCAGUGUUCACGCGUUUUGGAUAUAAUAAGGGUUAAUUUACAUUAAAAUGCAGUUUUUUUUGUCCAGAUGUUUUCGUGCGGCUGCCGUUCAACAAAGGAGGAUGCUUAAUUUUAUUCCCCCUCAUAAAACAGGAGCCCUACUUUUCUUUAAUGCGCCACUGACCAGGUGGGGAAAGGAAAGAACAGACGGGAUGUUGCACGUUUCGUCGGGAUGCUCGUCACGCACAGCUUGCGAGGUCGGCGACUGCAGCAGGAAAGGGAAGAUCCGCAGGCUGCGCUGCUGUGUCGUGACGCGCUGCGUUCGCUCCUCUUCCAGGAACAAACUCAGAAAAUAAAGCACACAGCAUGAAGAGAGGACCAGAAGUUUUACAAGAUUGAACAAUAUUGUUUACAUCCCAGAUUCAUUGUCUUUGUAAGAUGUAAAAAAAAAAAGAAGUAUGACCAAGACAUUUGCAGUGAUCACAGUAUUAAAGUUUCUGAAAUAAAUAGAUGCUCUAUCA